AUGAAAAUUGCUGAAUCCGAUAUUUUCCAAGAAACAGUUUCCUUUGACGUACAAGCGUCCUCAAAAAUGAAAGCGAGAGAAUCUGAUAUUUUACAAGAAACUGUUUUCUCUGACAUACAAGCUUCCUCUAAAAUAGAAGUGAGCGAAUCUGAUAAUGUCCGAGAAAUAGUGCAAACCUUUAAAACUAGUAUGACAGAAUGUAUAAGAGUAUUUUCGGAUUGUACACAAAUUAAGACUGAUGAUUUAAGAAUCAAAAAUCAAUUAAUAGAAAAAGUUACUAAUAUUCGUUUGAAAUUUCGAAGGUUUGCUGAGAAGUCUGUUGAUUACUGCACCAAAUUAUCAGGCUAUAUUGUGGACUUGAAAGGGGUCAUAGAUCUUGUUUCUGACGAAAAAAUUCAUAAGGAAGAUAUUAUUGAAGAGCUAAAAUCAUUAUCUGAUGAAACCAAAGAUUAUGAUGCAAUUUCAAAUGAUUUAUUUAAACAGCUCAUGGAUAUUGACCAGAAAUUGCAGCCAUCGCUGCAAUUUGGGAAUAAUGCCGAAAGACAAGAAACUUUAAUUAAACUUUUAGCUGAAUAUAUAAAUAAUAAAAAUAAUUUAAAGGAUGAAAAAACAGGAUUAGUCAAAUAUUUAUUAGAUCUAACUGAAGCAUUCGCAGAAAUUGCUAUAUCACUUUCUAAAUUUAAAAUUUGGUGGGAUAAGCAAAGAAUGAUACUUCCUAAAAUCCUUAACAAGCUGGAUAAUGCAGAAAAAGAAAAUAGAAUCAAUACACUUAAAGUUAAACUUAUCAGUGGUCACCUAGAAAUAUUAAAAUCUUCUAUUUCCGCUAUUUCUGAUUGUAAUUAUGCAAUCUUAGAAAUGUUAAUGCGUGAUAGAAUAAAGAGACAUAUGUUCGGAAAUUAUGUGAUUUCUAAAAUUCUCAUAAACUCUAACGUUUGGGAUGUGCAAAAAUGGUUUUUUUGA